CUCACCUUCUGUACUGGCGCAAGGCCUGGUGGAUUGUAGAGCUGUGCCCCAGGCAUUCAUGGUCACGACUUCUUGUUUGCUGCAGAUUUCGCCGUGGCUUCUUAAAAGAAUCCAGCUGCAGGCAUGUUGCUGAAGUGCUAAAGAAAAACCAGAGACUAAGAGAGUUAUAUCUGUCUGAUGGUGGCAUAAAUGAUGUGGGAAUAAAGCUGCUGUCUGAGGGGCUAAAACAUCCCAACUGUUUGCUAGAGAAACUACGCCUUUAUGAUGAGCACUUGACAAAAUCCUGUGGCGAGUGUCUUGCUGAAGUACUCAGGAAAAAUGAAAAUCUGAAAGAGUUAGCGCUGGCUCCCUGUGAGAUAGAUGACAAAGGCAUGGAACUGCUGUGUGAGGGGCUAAAACAUCCCAGCUGUAAACUAGAGAAAUUCUGGCUUCGUCGUGGCCUCUUGACAGGAUCUUCCUGCAGGAAUCUUGCUGAAGUUCUCAAGAAAAAACAGAGUCUAAGAGAGUUAUAUUUGUCUGAUAGUGGCAUUCACGAUGAAGGAAUACAGUUGCUGUGUGAGGGGUUAAAACAUCCAGACUGUAAACUAGAGAAACUGUGGCUUUCCAGUGUGUCCUUGUCAUUAUCCCAUGGCAGGCAUCUUGCUGAAGGUCUCAGGCAAAAUCAGGGACUGACAGAGUUAGAUCUGUCUCACGGUACAAGAGAUGAUACAGCUUUUAGAUAUCUAUGUGAGGGACUAAAAUAUCCAGGCUGUAAACUAGAGAAACUAAGGGUUUUUAGAGGGUUUCUCACAACAUCCCAGUGCAGAGAACUUGCUAACGUUUUCAGGAGAAGCGAGACACUGAGAGAAUUAGCUCUGGGUUACUGUCAGAUAGGCAAACAAGAAAUGGUAGUGCUGUGUGAAGGGCUAAAACAUCCCAACUGUAAAUUAGAAAAACUAUGCUUUUCCACGUGGAACCUGAGAGAAUUCUGGUGCAGGCAUUUUGGUGAAAUUCUCACCCUAAGCCAGUCACUGAAAGAGUUGGAUCUCUCUCCCUCUGACAUGGAUGACGGAGACUUGAAAUUGCUAUGUGAUGGGCUAAAACAUCCAGAUUGUAAACUACAGACACUACGGCUAACUUGUUGUGCCUUGACUGAAAACUGCUGCAAGUAUCUUGCUGAGGUUCUCAGGGAAAACCAGGGACUGAAAGAGUUAGCUCUGUCUCCAAGUGACAAGGACGACAAAGCGUUUGAAGGGCUGUGUGAGGGGCUAAAACACCCAGGCUGUAAACUAGAGAAA